CAAAAAACCGAACCCGAAUGAACACCCUAAAUGCAACCAAAGUGGUGUACAAUUUUAUCUUUUUUAAUAGUGCAGUGCGCAUUUUCCUUCUCCUCCCUGUGGCCUUCUCUUGUCUCCAUCCUCGCCGCAGAGCUCACUAGCCGAACACCGCUAUCCCCCAUCCGAAACCCUAGAGUUCAGUAUUACUUGUCCCAUUUCCAUAGUUUCUGCUCUGCUCUCGAAUCGCGCCGUCCAUGGAAACCGUAGAAGACCAUGGCAACGGCGAGCUCAAUCACCUCACCAAGAAGCCGCGUCUCACUCGUUUCAUAACCGAAUCCGCGAUUGCCGACGAGUUCGCUCACCACCAGCCAGGCGUAGCCCGAAUCAACAACGGGAGUUUCGGGAGCUGCCCCGGAUCAGUGCUCUCUUCGCAGCGGGAGUGGCAGCUCAAGUUCCUCCGGCAGCCAGACGAUUUCUACUUCAACGGACUCCGCAAAGGCAUCCUUCGCUCCCGCACUCUCGUCAAGGACCUCGUCGGUGCCGAUGACGUCGAAGAGGUCUCCCUCAUCGAUAACGCCACCACUGGCGCUGCCAUCGUCCUCCAGCAAAUCGGGCGCGCCUUCGCUGAAGGCAGGUUCGAUCGGAACGACGCGGUGCUGAUGUUCCACUGCGCUUUCCAAGCGGUGAAGAAGUCCAUGGAAGCUUACGUCCGGCGGGCGGGGGGUUCUGUAAUCGAGGUGCGCUUGCCGUUUCCGAUUCGUUGCGAUGAGGAGAUAAUUACGGAGUUCAGGAAGGGAUUAGAGAAAGCUAAAUCCAAUGGUAGGAAAGUUAGGUUAGCGAUUAUCGAUCAUAUCACGUCGAUGCCAUCUGUUGUCACUCCUGUGAAAGAACUUGUUAGGAUUUGUAGGGAAGAAGGAGUUGACCAAGUUUUCGUCGAUGCAGCUCAUGCUAUCGGCAGUGUUGAAGUGAAUGUGCAGGAGAUUGGGGCUGAUUUCUACGUGAGCAAUUUGCACAAAUGGUUUUUCUGUCCCCCAUCUGUUGCAUUUUUGUACUGUAAGAAGUCAGGGUCGUCUUUGGAUGCUCACCACCCUGUUGUUUCGCAUGAGUAUGGUAAUGGACUGCCGACAGAGAGUUCCUGGAUUGGGACGAGGGAUUAUAGUUCGCAGCUGGCUGUACCUACAGCAUUUGAGUUUGUUAAUUCCUUCGAGGGAGGAAUUAGAGGGAUAAUGAAGAGGAAUCAUGAUGAGGUUGUUAAGAUGGGAGAAAUGUUGGCUGAAUCGUGGGGGACCAACCUCGGUGCUCCACCGGAGAUGUGUGCAUCCAUGGUGAUGGUAGGCUUGCCUUCGAGAUUGUAUGUCACCAGUGAUGAUGAUGCUUUGCGGUUAAGGUCACAUUUACGAGCUUAUUAUGGGGUCGAGGUCCCAAUACACUAUCAAGGUCCAAGAGACGGUGAAGAUGGUGUGAAGGAUGAGUACGGGAUUGUAACAGCCUAUGUGAGGAUUUCCCAUCAAGUUUACAACACAUUAGAUGACUAUUGCAAGCUUAGAGAUGCUAUAAAUCAGAUUGUUGACAACAAGAAAACCUGCAAAACUCUUCUGAUAGAAUGAACAGGUAUUCAUGCAGACAAUUUGUUUUUCAGAUAUGAGUUCACUAAGGAAAAUCUUGCAAAUUCUGUCUCCUUUAUAAAUUUAGCUAUGGUAUCUGAUAAUAAGAGCAUUACUAUCUCAAGUUACUGUAGUGCUAAAAUAGUUCCUUUUGAAAAGAAGUCUUGGAAGAAUCUUCUUUAUUUCUUGCCAAAGAAUAGCACAACCAUUAAGGCAUAAAGUAGAAAAUUGAGUACUUUGAUUCUCGGAUUUGAGUGAACUUUGGUUUAACCAGAAAUUAUUGGAGUCUCUUAAUUGUUUCUCGAUAAUGUUCUAGGAGCAGUUCUUUCCAACUGUGCUUUGUACCCGAACUUUGCACUGGAGUUGGGAUUUGUUUUUUUUUCUUUUUCUUUCCGUACUGGAUUCCACUUUCAAUCGCAUGUAUCAUGUGUGUGUGCCUAGCUUUCCCCAUGAGGAGUAUCGUUUGAACUCGUCAUGAGUCAUGACAAUGCUGAGUUGAUCAGAUAUGUAUGUGGUUUGUGGCACUAUCUGCUACAUUCUUACACCCUCCAUUCGAUUAUUUUUGUCUGCUAACUCCGGAUAAUCCAGGCAAUUGAAACGACUUUCAGAACAUUUUUAAUUAAUCUGACCCAGCUUGUAUUAUUAUUUUAUCAACCUCUUCUUUGAAGGUGGCUUUGUAGGUUCAUAGUAGUUUGGGUUGGUUAACAGUGCCUUUAACGUGUUGACACAUUUUGAAAAGAAAAUUAUUUUACUUUGGCUGUUUUUUAUCUUCUCCAGAGCUUUAACUUUGGAACAAUAUAGAGCGUGGAUAAAAACAAGCUUUUUCUCGUAGAUGAAUGGCGGCCUUAAGGUUUAGACUUAAGAUGGAUGGGAUUUCUUGAUGAACAUGCUUUUGCGGAUUACAGUUUGGAUGUAGCAAGCAUCAAAAUAGAGUGGGUGAGGAUCAUAUCAUGCUGAACGUUAGUCAGGCAUGGCGGUUCCUGUUCUGUUUGACAAUGAUGAACUAAUUGCUUAAGCUAAAGGGUUGCAUUUAGUUGGAGUUUAGGAGAACAUUCAGCAUUGAAGACGUGUAUCUGAUUAAUUGAUUGUCACGCUAGUUGCUUAGUUGUACUACUUCUAUCCUGAAGCUGAGAUCCUAGAGUCAGAGGUGCUGAUGGUUUUGUUCCUUAUCGGUAUCUGAAUCUGUACUUAUCAGACUUGAUGUAAGCUCCUACUUCAAGGACUUCAACUAUAUCAUCAUCUUAUUCAUAAGCAUGCUGCUCUAUGUCAUUCUCCUUUUAGCGGCAGAAAUUGAUCAGCGGCGCUUGUCUCUGCAGUUUAUUUCUUUUGCGCCUUUCCUCAUGCGGUCAAGUUCAACUGAGUCUUUAUCUUCUUCCUUUUUUGCAACGUUGCGAGUGUAUCUUCUGUAUCAGAUUUACCUAAUUCUCUUAUUUCUUUCUCGGUCAGAUCAUUGGAACCAUCGGAGCAGCUUUUGCAGAGUAACUUUAGAAUGACAUUUGGGAAACCGAACAGCAAUCUUGGUGAUUGUUGCUGAUUACAGUAUUCAAACGACUGGAUUUUUUUCUGGACAACCACUUGACAGCAAAUAAGGAAAGGAAUAAUACUUCCAUGCCCUAGAAGAGAGCAGGAAAUGAGGCCGAAACUUGACCAGCUACCCCGAGGGCAUUGCUGAAUCCGCGGCAGCAUGUUGUUCUGUCCCUUGCCCAUGCUUGUAGGAAUGAAAGCUCGCUCAUAUCAGGCAUCACUUGGUUCCGUACUAUGCUUUUAUCUUCACUGUAUGGAGACGAUUUUGGUACUUGACAUCAGUCCUAGAAUGUAGCAGACUCGAGAAUUCAGUUACAUUCUUCUCUUGUUCUUUCGUUUUCAACUUUUUGGAAGCAAUGGAGAUAAGAAGACUAUGCAAACAGUAAGUUAAAACUUUUCUAUCCUAUUUCACUCUUGUUGGAAGACCGGGGGAAAUGAAUCAUAUAGGACGUAGUUGUUUCUUGUUUGGCUACUGGCAUCUGAUCACCAGUUUGUUUUUCUGUUUGGUCUUGAAUGGUAUCUGAGCAAUUGUUGGAGGGGUAUGGAAUGACGAUUCUAGAUUGAAUAAUUGACUCGGAAUCUCCAUAUGUGGUGAAUCUAAAUCGAGUCGAACCUUACGUUCCAACAUCAGGUAACUGAUCUCUGACUGCAUGGUUGGGAAUUAGAGGGUGGAAUGCACCAUUUCCCGACCUGCAAUUUGAUAUGGCAUCACCAUAUUCUGUCUGCAGAGGAUGUUCAGUUCAAUGAGUUGUUUUGUCAUGGAGGUCAGGGAUCCAAGCUGCCAUGUGGACAUUGAACGAAACAAACAGGAACCAUCACCUUGGGAUUCAGUUUCCAGAAGAUUGGGAUCCAUCUGCAGAUCCCAAUCUUCUUCUUUACCAAUGAAACAAACAGGAAACA